AUGCAAACACCUGCUCUACCAGUCAUUGCCACGGGCUUCGUGCGCAAGCUGUAUCGCAUUCUGGACCAGGAGAGUGCGGCUGUCAUCGCCUGGGAUGACGAUGGCACGUCCUUCGUGAUGCUCGACAAUGACGCACUAGAGAGCCAAGUGCUGCCUCGAUACUACCGCGGCCGGCUCAGCGCCUUCCGUCAGCAACUUAAAGAGCACAGCUUCGUAUCCGAGACAACAGAGCAAGGACAGGAGAGAUAUCGCCACCGGUUCUUCCGACGUGGCUGUCCAGAUAUACUCAACCAGAUCGCACACAUGCCUUUGCCAAGGAAGAGGCCUCCUAGAAAGAAAAAGCGCAAGACUACUGCUGUGACAAUUGGUACAACAAGUGACAUCAAGAUAGCAAAGAACCGAGCUAUUAGUAGAGGGGUGCAUCGAGUGGCGCCCUACCCGGUGCAACAAGAACCCGAACCAGAAUUUAAACAUGCUGUCGUCGACCCAGCAGCGUUGGCCGGCAAUCCGUUAUUUGGAGAAGAAGAGUCAUUAAGCAACUUCGUGCAAGGGCUGGCUGUGGACGGGUUAUCUGUACGCCCUUUAGACGCCACAGCUCCGCCAAAAGGUGAACCCAUGUCUGAAGACGUAAUGGAGGCUCUGUUAUCGUUGCUCAGCACGUCCUUCAUCAACAAUAUCUUCGCAGACGGCCGGCCACCCGUGGUUUUGCCGACAUUACCGCCAGGUAUCGUCGAAAACGGUCAGUUCUCCGACGAGACCUUGAACAACCUCAUGCUUUGGGUGUCUGGUAAAGGGACAAGUGCAUCGUGA